AUGGCCUUCAACAAGAAAUACGCCGGUCUUCCUGACCUAGAUCCCGCCCCGGAUAUCUACGAAACCCCUGACCUGACCGACGAAGCAUCCACCAUCCCCACCACUACAGUCCGCACCGAAUCAGAACACGGCGAUGCAGGCUCCAGCUCUGACAUUGACCGCGAAGGCGUCAACGCAGACCAGGCGCGUAUGCACUUUAUGGGUGCCGCCGUGGACGCCCGCGACGUGAACUUCUCCGACAGCAUUUCCGCAAAACGCCAAGCCUAUCGCAGUAAGAGUAAGAAUCGGCGCCGACGCCGUGUUCGUGAAGAUGGUACCGAGGAUCUCGGCGACUUUAGUGACGAGGAUGAAUCGGUCGAGCGGCGGCUGGCACGCUUGCGCAGAGAGGUUGAGGAAUUGAAGGUGGAGAUGGAGAAUGAGGCAACUGCUGGAAACGAUGAUAGUGUUGAGAGUGGAACGAACCAAAGUGCGACGACUGAGAAGGGGACGGAGGGUGCGUUGGGCGACGGUGUUGCGGAGUUGAGCCGCGCGCUGGAUAAUCUGCAUGCUUCUUCGAGAGGUGAACAGACUACUUUGCAUUCUGCUGCUGCGAUGCUGUCUCAGAAACUAGGGUCUGAGAACGGUUCUGCACCAGUUUCACAAGGCAAACAACCCCCAGCUGGCGGUUCGGCUGUUACCACAGUGCCCCCGCCAGCUGCGGCGUCAUCAGCGGGAAUCCUUUCUCAUGCUGCGGCCUUCGAAGGCCGACUGGCGCUUAUUGAAGCUUCCAUGGGCAUUUCAAACGCCUCAAACCCCUUCGUCGGAAAUGGCAUCAGCGAGCCUGCACUGCAACCAGUGCUCCCAUCCCUGGAACAACUUACAUCCCGACUCUCGGCCCUUACUGGUCUUCUCGUAGGAACAAACCCCACGGCUGGUGGCCCAAGUGCUGUGCCCGGCUUGACCACACCUCAUCUCGAAGCUCUCUCCACGAGAGUUCGCAAGCUCACCACUGACGCUGAAGCCCUCGCGUCAGCGCGCAAACGCGCCGUUGACGCCGCCAAGGCUGCUCAAGCUGCGCGAAUCGCUUCAUCCGGCUCUGAUGCCGAAGCUGCUCCUACCACGGACGGCUUUAACCCAUCUGACGACGACAAUGCAUCCAAGAUUCAAGCACUCUACGCAACACUCCCCACCAUCCAAUCCCUGCACCCAUUGCUACCCAGUGUUCUCGAGCGCCUACGUUCUCUUCGUGCCUGUCAUGCAGGUGCCGCCCACGCCGCAGACUCACUCGAUGCGCUCGAAAAACGUCAGGCUGAAAUGAGUUCUGAAAUCGAGCAAUGGCGUGAAGGCCUCACGGUCGUCGAGGAGAAGAUGCGCCAGGGUGAGGCUGCGCUCAAGUCAAAUGUCGAGACUGUGGAGCCCUGGGUGCGUAACCUAGAGACUCGCAUGGCGCGCCUUGGUGGCCCGCCGGGAUCGCUGUGA